UUACACAAAAAUAUUGUCUAGAGGAUGAAAAUUACAUUACAACUAUGUUCCAAAAAAUGAACAGCUUCCCCUAAAAUGGCAACGAAAUGGCCCCCUUCAGGCUUCGUACCAAAUUUUGGGCACAGUCUGUAUUCGGGGCCCCCUUCAAUAAAAAUAAGAAGAAGAUAAUUUUGACAUUGGGUCUGCAAAUUUGUCAUUGGUCAUACGAAGGGUGAGAGACUGAGAGAAGAGGCAAAUAAAAAAUAAACAAUCGAGAAACAAGUAUACAUUUUGUAUUUUGGUAAUUGGUUAGUUAAACGUUGGAAAGUAUACUAACUUUUUAGGAUAAUAAUAAUAUUCUAUAAUAUUUUAAAACAAAAAUGACAAAUAAUUUUUAUGUCAGGGAAUCAUAAUUUUUUUUGAAAAAUUACACAUGCAUUUUUGGAUUGAUAAAAGGAGUCAAGGAUGUGGAUUUAAUGCUCGUCGGCAGGUACCACCAUCAAUAUCUGGGUACGGGCGAAAUCAACGAAAUUUAUGUGGUAGUUUCUAUCCUAAACCGAUGGUAACUCCGGUACACAGAUUUCAGUCCAUUGAAAGUGUGGCCAACAAUGGAUUACGAAAUAAUAGGUCUCCAGGAUAUCAUGCCAGAUUGCCAGCACAAUCACCGUCUUCAUCUGUACAUUAUAAUGGGUCUAGCGGUAACAUUCGUAUACCUCAUGUUGGCAGAUCCUUGGAAAUGAUUGCACCAGGACACACUGCUACAAUUAGAAACAAUGUUUCACCUACAUCCAGAAUGAAAUGCGGAGUGUGGAUUUUUUUUGCAUUGGUUACUUUCUUUCUAGCUGUAGCUAAAUAUUACUUCCAUGGGAUCAAUAUCGGUGUAGAGGUUUUGGCAUUUUGUUCACUUCUCGUAGUGGUUCUCAUAAUAGGUGGUUUGAUAUCUUUGUGUGAAGCAGUUAUCUCCUACUCACCAACCAAUACAAAUGUUGAGGCUCCUGUAUUGCAGGUAGCUGAACGGCAAACAGAAAGUGAAGAAAAUCGGCAUCGGCAGGUUUCUACUUCCUUGUCCCAAAAUUCUGCAGAAUUGCCACCACCUCCAUAUCACAUAGCAGUGAUGUUAAGUCCCCAGAAUGAUCUGGAUUCCAUACAGGUCAUAAGAGAUUCCCCCCCGCCUUCAUAUGACAAAGCUGUUACUUGAUUGUUUUGAUAAAAAAAUAACUAAGAUUGCCAAAAAUAUGAUGCUUUAUUCAUUUUUGUAAGGAGGAUCUUGCAUGAGAAGUUGUAUAAAAAGGAUGUUGGAAUCCAGCAUUGCGUCUUCUGAUGUAAAUGUUGUGGGGAUAUCAAUUUCUACUUUCAGUAACAAGACAAGAACUAAUAAGUCUAUUGAAAUGAAUAGAAGUGGGUUAACUAUGUUUAUUAAGGAAUAUUUUUCUCAAGCAUGUUCAGUAAUUCUUGUUUUGUUUGUGAGUAUCGUUUAUGAAAAAAUAUAACUACUUCAUAUUAACUUUUAAUCACAGUCAGCUAAAAAGUUUACAUUCUAAAGGUAAUGAAGAAAUAUCUAUAUUGAAGUGGGUUUCGAAAUAUCAGAAAUGACAGCUACUCGUUAAAAUCCCCUGAUAAAUUAUUCAACAAAACUUUUUAACAUUUUCACAUGUCAUAUUACAAAACCACGACAAGAUGGCAUACAUCAAACUUUGUAUAGGUGCCAAAACUUUUUUGUGUGGGCAUAUAAUACUAACUGCAUUAUUAUAUUAUCUUAACCCAGCAAAAAGAUUUUCAAAUUUUCUAUCAAUUUCUUCUGUAAUGCAGCUUGAAUAUAUUAUCAAUAUAUACUCUAAUAUAAUCUUUAUCCCAUAUAUACUCUUAUAUAAUCUUUAUUCCAUAUCCUACAUUAUCAUCUUUGUUACCUCUCUGGUUACAAUUUAACAUUUCAUACUUCAUUAUAUUCAGUAUAACAAAGACGUGGUAAAAAAAAUCUAGUGAAUAAUUUUUGUAUGAAUUAAGUCAUAUUUUUUCAAGUAACUGUAUUCUAAAUUUUAUAUAAGAACUUGUCGUGUUACUUUAAAGUGUGAUAUAAUAUGCAGGGUAUUUCAUGUACACGAAUGUCAGUUUGAAUUUUUUCAAUAACAUACUUGUGAAUUACUCCUUAUCACGUGUAAAAAAAUUUUUUCAAAAUUUAUACGCCAGCUCUUAUGCAACUAUUUUUUACCCAUUUCCAAAGCCCAAGUUCCCCUGAAAUAAUCCAAAGAAAGUAUCUAAUGUUGGUCAUUCACACAUUCAUAAACCUACUCUUACCAGAUUCUAGUCACAACUUCGUUUUCAAGAUCUUCAGUUAAUUUAUGACAUAGAGUACUUGAGUAAGUUAAUGGUGACCCAGAUUUGGGUUUUUAAAUAAUGCAGUUGGCUUCUUAUACUACGAGUACAGUAAUUGUGCAUUUUGAAUCUCAAAUUCAAAUUUACUUUUAUAAUAGUGACAUGAUCUGAAUUAGUCAGUUUCCUUUAUUUACAGUAUAAAUAAGUGGAGCUGUUGCCAAACUUUACAAUUUCCUUAUUCCAUUUAUCAUAUUUAAAUGUAUUUUUAAUAUGAUGUAAGAAAUAACACCUAGUGGUUCCAAAUUUAUAAUGAUAAUACUGAUUUUAUAUUAAAAUCAUAUACAUACAUGAUAUAUACUUUUUCUAUAUCUCUUACUGUAAGUUUACAUUAUACAAUUCAUAAGACAAGUUGAUACAGCAUGAUUCAGUGUUAAUUUAUCAAAUUCAAACUUCAUAAAAUGAAUACCUUAAUGAGUUUUAUAUAUCGAAGCAAGGGCUUUGGUUUUUCUUCUACUCUAAUUAUUCUAAUAAAAUGUAUUGAAAUUAUCCAACUGAAUCAGGCUGUAAUUCAGUUCAUUAAAAGACCAGUCACAUUUUUUAUCAAUAAUUUCAAUAAACUUUUGGAAUAUAUUACAUGAAUUGUCUUUAUGAAAAAAAAAUUUAUAAUGAACUGUACUUGUUAUUUUAAUUCAUUUUGUAAGUAACUUUAUUGUAUAAAAGACUGUGUGCCACAAAAUAUGUUUGCACUUAUUUUUGUAAUUUUUGUUGGGUUUUACGGAAGAUAAAUACACAUAACUUUUUAUCGUUCUGUUUAUUAUGACAUAUCUAUAGGUUUUUCUAUGUGAUUUUUUUCUAGUUAUUUUUUUAUUUGAAAACCAGACUUUUACAUAUAUAUAUAUAUUUUUUAUAAUUUUGAGACAAUCAAUAUACUUAGUUUUGUACAAUUCUUAUGUAAAUCUAUUCUUGAUUUUUCUAAUUGAAGUGUGUAUUCUGUAUGGGGAUAUUAAAAACAGUUGAAAGAUACAAACUAACCUACUUUUUUGUGAUCAGUUUCAUAUGUCUAAACUUUCUUGGUUUGUAAUAAAAAUUAGGGCUAUCAUCCCAUCUCCAGUUGCAAAAAAUGAUAAAGUGUCACAUAAUAUUGACGAUAUAUUUAGAAUAUUCAGAAGUAAACAGUAAUUAAUUUUGAUUGGCUAAUGUUUUGCCAUGUAACAUUUUUAUAAAAAUAAUAUUGAGGGACUUUUUGUGCUUUUAAAAACAAUGAAGAAAAAUAUUUUAAUUGGAUAUACUUUAACUAGCUUCUAUCUCUCGUUUUUGAGAACUCCAACAUUAUACACACUAAUUAGAAUUAUCAGGUAUUUUGAACUAUUUACUCACAACUAUUGAAAGUAUAUGUAGGUGCGUAUAUUUUUAUAUUUGAUGUUUGAAGUCGAUACAUAUUUUCAAUCAAAAACAAUAAAAAUUUUUGUUUGGCAUCAAAUAUAUCAAUAAAAAUAUUUCCAUAUUUAUAUGUUACAUAUACAUGUUGAAUAAAGAUAUACCUAAAUA